AUGACAGAGGGCGGCAGUUUCACGGCGAUGCUUCUACAAGGAUUUGGAGGAGACCCCCUAUCUGAGACACCACCUCCCCAGAGCAGAGGAGCUUUCAAACAGAUACAGGGACACAGUGUGAGUACAGAGUCCAGCCCCACUGCACAGAUACAGGGACACAGUGUGAGUACAGAGCCCAGCCUCACUGGCUCUGACGCUCCUGCGGAGGUGCUGGGGGAGAGGUGUGUGAUUUGUGCAGGAUGUGGGGGGCGUGUUUAUGACAGGUACUUCCUGCUGGCAGUGGACAGGCCGUGGCAUGCAGGGUGUCUGCGCUGCAGCCUGUGCCAGCGCUCCCUCGAUGCCCAGCUCACCUGCUUCUCAAAGGAUGGUGCCAUCUACUGCAAGGAGGACUACUACAGCCGGUUCUGUGUGCAGUGCUGUGCUCGCUGUGGGCUCGGGGUCUCCGCCUCCUCUUUGGUGAUGCGCGCACGGGACUAUGUGUUUCACCUGCGCUGCUUCACCUGCCUGCCCUGCGGAGCCGUGCUGCGACCCGGCGACCUCUUCACCAUGAGGGGUCAUGACCUAUACUGCCAGAGACACUCCACCCAUGAACACACCCCAAAACCACGCCUCCGCAAGCGCCGGACCACGACCACUGAGAGAGAAAGAAACACGGCAGGCCUCCUUCCCUUGGAGGGGGAGGGGUUUGUGGGCGGCCCCGAGCCCCAAUUGGCUGGGCAGCAGCAGGAGGGCGUGUCGGUGUCGAAGACUAAGCGAAUCAGGACGUGCUUCAAGAACCACCAGCUGCGCACCAUGGAGUCCUACUUUGCAGUGAAGCACAACCCUGAUGGGAAGGACUGGGAGCAGCUGGCCAAGAGGACAGGGCUGCCCAAGAGAGUGCUGCAGGUUUGGUUUCAGAAUGCCCGGGCUAAACUGCGCAAGACCCUGACCACAGACGAGCCAAUUGAAGGAGAGGGGGCCGACGACACAGCAAUCACCACCAUCGACCAAUCUCAGCUCUCCCUCACAGCUACGCCCACCAGGGACCCACCCACCCCACCCACCCCACCAGCCCUCGGAACCCUCUUUAGUCCCCAGCCAAUCAGAGCACCCAGCCCCUUCCCCUCCUUUCCAGAGUUCUCAGGAAGUUACGUCACACAGCCCGGCCCUAUCAUGGCCCCCAUAUUCCUGAACUUUGACCUGGGGGAGUCGACAACCAGCAGCGUAGAGGAUUCUGGGCCAACGAGUUUCUUUUGA